GCUACAGUUCGUGAUAUUCUCUCCGAAAGUUAAGAAAGAAAAAGAUUUGAAGACCGUGAAAUAUUUUGAAAGUGAUUUUCAGGUGAAAAAGGAAAAAGGAAAAGAAUAAAUAAUAUAAAAGAAAAUUAGAACAACAAAACAUUAUUUUCCUGUGGUUUAUUCAUAAACGAAGGGAGAACUUUUUUCGGAUUAAAAAACAGAAAAGGCUUUGCGAAUCCAAUUUAAAAUUUUUGCCCAAAAAAUUAAAUAUUUCCUAAAGAAAAGAAAUAAGCAACAAUGUCCAUCUCAGCGUUUAGAAAGAAAAAGCUUUUAUACGUUUUCAACGUUUUCUUUGACAUAAAUAACAGCGGCGAAAUCGACAAAAAAGAUUUUGAGAUAGCAAUUCAGAAAAUCUGUGAUCUCCGGGGAUGGCCAGCUGGCAGUGAUAAAAACACGGAAACGCACGAGGUGAUGUUCAAAAUCUGGGAUGGCUUGCGAUCAAAGGCGGAUAAAGAUAAUGAUGGUCAGGUUUCUGUUGAGGAAUGGUGCAACAUGUGGGAUGGCUAUGCAAGAGAUCCAUCGACUGCAUUGGAUUGGCAACAAAGAUACAUGAACUUCAUGUUUGAUUUAGAAGACGCUUCAAACGAUGGAGCUAUUGAUGCAGAAGAGUUUGCUAUUGUUUGUUCAAGCUACGGCCUAGACAAAACUGAAUGUGAAGAAGCAUUUGGAAAAAUGUCACAGGGCGCUAUAGAAGUUACCAGAGAACAAUUUGCAGUUUUAUGGCAAGAAUUCUGGCAAUCAGACGAUCCAUCCGCCCCAGGCAAUUUCAUCUUUGGGAAGACUUCGUUUUAACCCAGCUGAUUAGAGUGCUUCACAGAGUUUUUCAAUUCAAAGAUUUUGUCACAAUUGAAAUUUUAGAAAGCGAAGUGUUAUAAGAAGUUUGAAGAGAAUUUUAUUUGGUGAUGAUUUUUGUAUUAAUCUAAGUUAAAUUAGUUAAGUUUUAAGUUCUUAACUUAAUUAUUUUCCCUCACUUAGAACUUUUAUUAAAUGUUCUAUUUUUCCUUGACUAUUUUUCUUCCAUAACAUUUCCAACUUUAAUUAAAGAUGAAAUCUUCAUCGGUUUUCGUUUGAGUAUUUUCUAUUUUCUUGCUGUUUAGGUUACUUUUAUAAAUGGAGAACUGCGAUAGGAUACAAAAAAUGUUUUCCACCAUUCAUUCUUACAACAUGAGAAAAAAUUGAUAAAAGUUUUCCACUUUAUUUGCAAUGUUGAAAACCGUCUGAGUGUGUAAUAAUGACAUUUUUCAUUGGAUAUUUUUAUGUGAAUCUAUUACAAUUUUAGUUAUUAAAAUUCACUGAUGACGACAAGAAAAUGCUGAAGAAAAAAUCAAUUGUGACAAAAUACAUAAAUAAAUCUUGUAAUUAACUUUAUGUUUGAAUCUAUGCAAAAUUUAGAACUAUCAUAGAUUUCCAUAUCAAACAAAAAAAAUAAUUUGUCAAUUUCAAGAGAAAAACUGUGAGAGAAAAUUUAGUGAAGCAAAUCAAACGAAUAGUUUUGAGAAUUUGGAGUUUUUAAAAAUAGCGAAACAAAAUGUUUUUGGUAGAUGGACGAUUUUGAAACGGAUAAUUAGAUGACCAGGAAAAUUAAGCUUUAGAAUCGAUAAAUAAACUUUUUCAUAUUUAAACAAAAAAAUAAAUAAAAGGCAAUUAUUGGGAUAAAAACUAACGCGAAUAAGCAAUUAGUAUCUAUCUUACUUUCUAUGAAGAUGAUUUUAUUGUGAUUAAGACUUUAAUGAUGUGGAGCUGAGCAUAUCUAUAGUAAAUAGCAGAGGUUUUUUCGCAAACUCUCCCUUUUUCUUAAUGUUUCCUUCUUAUUUCAUCAACUCUAAGAAUAUAAAUGUAGGUAUUUCUAUCGAGAAAAAAAUAUACCAAAGUGACUUCAAAUCUAUAGGUUUUCUUUCUUCCAUGCUCUAUUUCUAUGAAUUUUAAUGAAGAACACUUUUCAAAUCAAAAGUUGAAAGAGAGAAUAAUAAGUUUUUAAAAUUCUUAUGAUACAUUGACUAAACCUCUUUGAACGGAUUCUAAAAUCGAAAUGAAACUUUCCAAUUUUGAAGUGUCAAUUCACUUGCAUCCAUUGCGAAAUCAUUUAAUGGGUCGAUUUGACAUUGCUAGAUCGGGCACAGAUAGAACUAACGUCUGCCAAAAGAAGCUUAAAAUAUCUUAAACCGAUUUAGCUUAGUUAAUCUUCCAUCCACAAUCAUGCACAUAGCAAAGAAAUAAAUAAAAUUAAAAAUUAAUUGUUCAAUGUGAGAUACAUACAAGAAAAAUGAAUGUUAUAUGUAAAACUCAAAAAAUGUUAUAAUGAAUAUAAAAAUUUGAAGAAAAAUAUUGAUUACAAGAUAAACAAAAUAUUAAUUAUUUUAAACAAUAUCAAAACUUUAAAUGCUUGAAUUAAUAUAUUUCACUGUUUGAAAAAAUAUAUACGAAAACCAAAUAUUAAAGUUUAAACUAUAAAUUGAAAACCCUCAAUUUAUUUUUCAUUUUUUUGUAAAACUUGAAAUAUGAUCAAAUGAAACAAGGAUUUUUAAAACAAUAAAAUUUCUGAAAAAGUUUAUUUGGAAAAUUCAAAA